AUGAUGAACGUUAAGUAUAGAUACAGUUACAUUAAACUCAGAGACGACAAACGAGAACCCUGGAAGUUUAAUUGCGAAAGUUUCAAAAAGUUGGAGUUCAUUUGCAAUGUUAUUAGUACGUGUAAGUGGCAAGAUUCUGGAAAACGAUGUCAUAAGCUUACCAAAUUCGCUGCCGACGCCUUCGUGUUAUUGAAACUGGAUAUCAUUCCUAAGGACGAUGCACAACGUGCAUGCAUUAACUGUACAGCAUCACCAGAUGAACAAGACUUGGAGAUGCUGCAGGAUAUAACAACAGAAGACAUUGAAAAUUUGAUACAGUCUGACAAUUGUCUGAAACACAAAAUCAUUUUUGUUGCGGGCCUCUUAACACGUAAGUAUCAGCAACAUUUAGGCAACAAUGAUGCUGAUGACGCACAAGACUUUACUCUAUCUAGUGACUUUACUCAGCAGCUGGACAGAGGAGGAUUAUCAAUUCCAAAGUUGUCAACUGUCUACCUUGUUCAUAGUGCUGUUCACAUCAUCAGCAAACUUAGUCCACCGAAGGCCUGUUGUCGUAAAUAUGUUUCAACUUUAUUAUCAUAUGUCGACGCACCGUUAUCCAACAACACAAUGGCCUGCCGUUCACUUGUAAACGUUCUACUCAAGGCUCAUGUUAUUCAUCAUAGUGACAGAGAGCAAGAACUUGGCUGUUUGAGACGCAGGGAAAAGUUGCAAUGA